GCUCCGCCCCCCGGGCCCGCGGGCCAAGAGAGCGGGGCCUCCCGGAUUCCUAGAGCGGCCGGGAAGUGCAGCGGCGCUUCCGGGAGCCAGGCCCAGCUUCCGGCCGCCGCCGCGCCCUCGCCCCACGGUGGAGCCGCUUGGGCCGCUUGUGCCAGGCAGCCGCAGCUGGGACCUCCCCUCUGGGCCGGCUGACCCCGGAGGAGGAAGCAGAGAUGUCUGCCUUGGGGGCCGCAGCUCCGUACCUGCAUCACCCUGGCCAAGUCAGUUUCCUGGGGUCCCAGCCCCCCGCGGAGGUGGCAGCCAUGGCCCGGCUCCUGGGAGACCUGGACAGGAGCACUUUCAGGAGGCUGCUGAAGCUCGUGGUCGGCGGCCUGCAGGGGGAGGACUGCCGGGAGGCUGUGCAGCGCCUCCGGGCCAGCGCCGACCUGCCGGAGGAGCGGCUGGCCGCCCUGCUCGGGGGCACGCACACGCUGCUCCAGCAGGCCCUCCGGCUGCCGCCCGCCAGCCUGAAGCCUGACUCCUUCAGGGACCAGCUGCAGGAGCUCAGCAUUCCCCAGGACCUGGCCGGGGACUUGGCCAGCGCGGUGUUCGGGAGCCCGCGGCCCCUCCUCGACGCCGUCGCCCGGCAGCGAGGGGCCUGGCUGCCCCACAUGACCGACUUCCGGUGGCGGGUGGACGUAGCGAUCUCCACCAGCGCGCUGGCCCGCUCUCUGCAGCCAAGUGUCCUGGUGCAGCUGAGUCUUUCUGAUGGGUCCAAACACCGGUUCGAGGUCCCCGUGGCCAAGUUCCAGGAGCUGCGAUACAGUGUGGCCCUGGCGCUGAAAGAGAUGGCGGCGCUGGAGAAGAGGUGUGAGCGCAAGCUGCAGGACUGACCCUCGCCGCACAGCUCAGCUGGGCAGACGCUACAGAGGGUGCCAAAAGGCAGCUCAGCGGCAGUGAGCGCAUGGCAUUGUGCAGUUUUGUGUUUCAUGGAAAAAGACAGCUGUGUCUUAUCUGGAAGCAAAGCAGCCAUUAAAAGCAUGUUCCCUAGGUGGGCGCUAAACUGCA